AUGUCGACUCAGCUCUGCCAACUUAUUAUGAUCAUCGAAUACCACAAAACCACGCAAAUGGCGAAGGCCUUGCAGUUCGCGUUCCGCCCUCUGGUAGUUAGCAUGAACCUGCCCACGAUUCUAGGACCCAACUUUCUCGAGGAGGACUACACAAUCUCUGCAAUUAUCUCCUCCGUAAAGAAUCCUAGAUUGGAUACUCGAGGACUGAAGAAUAACAGUGCCGUUCAGGAGUGCGGGGAUCUGUCGCCUCUUCAUGACAGAUGUGACUNAGAUACUUACUUGCAUACUAUAGUUGAUACUUACUUGCAUACUAUAGUUGAUACUUACUUGCAUACUAUAGUUGAUACUUACUUGCAUACUAUAGUUGAUACUUACUUGCAUACUAUAGUUGAUACUUACUUGCAUACUAUAGUUGAUACUUACUUGCAUACUAUAGUUGAUACUUACUUGCAUACUAUAGUUGAUACUUACUUGCAUACUAUAGUUGAUACUUACUUGCAUACUAUAGUUGAUACUUACUUGCAUACUAUAGUUGAUACUUACUUGCAUACUAUAGUUGAUACUUACUUGCAUACUAUAGUUGAUACUUACUUGCAUACUAUAGUUGAUACUUACUUGCAUACUAUAGUUGAUACUUACUUGCAUACUAUAGUUGAUACUUACUUGCAUACUAUAGUUGAUACUUACUUGCAUACUAUAGUUGAUACUUACUUGCAUACUAUAGUUGAUACUUACUUGCAUACUAUAGUUGAUACUUACUUGCAUACUAUAGUUGAUACUUACUUACAUACUAUAGUUGAAACUUACUUGCAUACUUAUUGAAAUUUUCACUUUCACUUAUUGCGCCGUUAAUAACGCUAUACACGUUAAGUUAAGAAAUUUCCUUAAAUCUCAAUAAGUUUUGCCGUAAGCUAA